AUGAGCCAAAACGCCUUCUACAUAUUUCUGAUGAAGAAAGGAGAGUUGAAGCAGCAGGGGCAGCAAGGUGAGCCCCUGAAAACACAUUUACCUGCAUCGAUGCAGCCCCACCCGCCGUCGUUACAGCCCCCGCCUCAGUCGCGCCCGCAGAGCCUCUUCCGCAAGCCGCCUCCGCUGCUGGUGCCCGCGGGGGGGGACGCGAAGCUGGCGGGGAGCAGCAGCAAGGGGGCGGGCGCGGGGGAUGCGGGGGGGAGCGGAGCGGCGCAGGCGGCGGCGGGGGGCGAGUCGCGGAUGAAGGGAGUGGCGUCUGUGUUUAAGAAAGGCAUGUGGAAGUUCGGGGGGCUGCGGAAAGAAAAGGAAAGCUCCGCCACUAGCAGUGCCGCACCCUCCGCCACCAGCAACAGCAGCAGCAAAGGGGGGGCGGAAGCGCAGGCGGCAAGCCCCAGGCACUUUUACUCGGGCCCCUUCCCCUUCCCCGCGGACCGGCGCAAGACGACAGAGGCGCGGCGGUCCCAGCUGCGGCAGGGGCUGACGCCGCUGCAGGGCGUAGGCUCUCCGCCGUCGUCGUCGCUCGCGGUGUCCGUUACGUCGGAUACGCACAGCACGGACAGCGACGGUGUUACCAGUGGGUUCAAUUCGCACGCGGCGUCGCACGAGGUGCUGUCGCCGCUACCCCCGCACGUAAAAUCGCCUCUGGUCGGAGACAAGCCGAAGAAGAAAGGGCUUCUAGACUGGGACUUGCUGUCUCCUAACGCCGGCGGCCUGCUCGGGAGUAAGCGCGGCGCGAAGUCGUCGCAGCAGCAGCAGGAAGCGGCGGCGACCGCGGCGGCGGCGCUAUUGAGUAGCAGUCGCAGCGGGCGGCACGCGGACUCGCUCGCGGCGCAAGGGCGGGGUGUUAGCAGCGGCGCUAUUAGCGGGCCCAUACUACCGGGGAUGAUGCCGGGGCGUCUGGGCAGUAAGGGCGCGGGUAACCCGCCUGCUGACGACAAGUCUCUCGAUAUAAGCUUCCUGCGAUUGCGGCAGGUCGAGUCGCGCCUCUCCGCGCACUUCCCCACCACUCCGCCGUCCGCGGCGGCGGCGGAAAAGCACCCCCUCCCCUCCCCCACUCCCCCGCACGCGGGGCGCGGAGACACCCCGCAGCGCCCGCAGACGCCGGAAGAUCCGGGCGGACCGGAUUCGGCGCGCAAUCGAAUCCGAGUGAAGGGGUCCAGCAUGAAAGCGGAGGACGAGUCGCCCUCGUUACAGUCACGAGGGGCGGGCGCCGCCCCUGGUGAUUUUCUUGAUGCGCCCGGGGGCAGCAUGCGGGGGUGCGGAAGCGGAGGCGCGGGGGAUUCUGCGGGGAUGUCAGGGCGAGGAGGCGCGGGUGCUUCCGCGGGGGGAGCGGGAGACACGAUGAUAGAGGUGGAGGUGGAGGAGAUAGGCGAGGGCGGGGAGAUUAAGACUAAGACCAUCCCGGCGCGGCUCUUAGAAGCCACAGUGGUGCAUCAGGGCGCUUCGGGGAGGACAGUAUCGGGUCGCAUUAUGUUGGAGACGGGCGAGGUGAUGGUGGUACAGGUAGAGGAGGACGACGGACCACUCUCGCUCGCGCUGCAGGCGGCGCUGCCGCACGCCGCCAACGGGGAAAGGGAGCGCGCGCGGGAUAGGGAUAGAGACCGGGAGAAGGAAAGGGAUAGGGAUAGGGACAGGGAUAGGGAUCGGGAUCGGGAUAGGGACAGGGAGCGGAGGGAGAAGGGGAGUUUUCGCGGCGGGGAUGGCGCGGAUAGACCGCGGUCGAAGAGCGGGCGCGGGGGGGAGACGGGCGCGGAAGGGGAAUUGCGCUCCCGGUCGCGGUCGAGCAGGGGGGAGUCCGCGCACGAGCACCACAAGCGCGCGCAUGGGCUUCGCGGGGAGGACGAUUCUCGCCCCCGGUCGCGCUCUGGUCGGGGGGAGGGCGCGGAAGGGGAAGCGGGGGAGGUGCGCCCGCGGUCGCGGCAUAGCAGGGGGUCGGAGGGGCGGCGGUCCCGGAGCAUCCGCGUAGAUAGCGCGGAAGAUUGGGAGAAUGGACGGCCGAGAUCGAGAAGCGGGCGGGGGGAUGAGUGGGGCGGGGAGGGGGAGGGGAAAGCAAGGAGCAAAAGCAAGGGGGUGGCGGAGGGCGGGGAGGGCGCUUUGGAAGGAAUAGGGGAAGGUUCAGGGGGGGGAGAAGGAGCGCCACGUCAGCGGCGCUUGGGGCGCACGCGGUCGCGCGCACUGGAGGAAGCGGUGAAGGCGGCGAUGGGCGGGGACGGGGAAGCGGAGAGCACCACUCCGGGCGCGCUUGCCUCCGCCGACCCCCCGCUCUCCCCGCUGGAUGCGGUGCAGCCGCGCGCAGACGACGCGGCGCUCACACCAGGGUCGCGCGGAGGGGCUUCCGCCAAUGUCACUCCGCGCAGCAGGGCCAGAGGCGCGCGCGCUGGGGGGACGGGGGAAGGCGGGGCGGGCGCGCUGGAGUCCCCCGUGGGCGCUGCAGCGAGCCCCGCGGGCGGGGAGAGGCCGAGGCGCCCGCGGGAGCGCAGGCGGACACAGUCGCGGUCAGGCAUGGAGGAGAUUAUGCGGGGGGUCGAAGGCGCAGCGGAGGGCGCAGGGGGGGCGGGGGGCGCGCGCACCCCUGUGAGCCCCUAUCGGGGAAAGUCGUUUGGGCGGGGCGAGGACGCGGAGAGGAGGGAGAGGCGGCGGGAGAGGGGCAAAGAGGGGGCGUCUCCGCGGGAAAUGGGCGGAGCGGGGGCUGCGGGGGGUGAUGGCGCAGCAGCGCAGAUCAGACACGCCACGCCGCCCCCCACGCGGCCGCCCGGGGAGAGAGGCUACAGUAGAAGCCGGUCGAGGCGCGUGGCAGAGGAAGGGGGGGGGAGAGGGGCGGGGGAGGAGGGGGGCGGGGCGGGGAGAGGCAAACCCGCCAGGUCCCCGAUUGGGGGGAGGGGGAGCAGACGGCGGAGGAGCGUUUCAAGGGUGGGGGAGGAGUUUGGCGCAAUUACUCCCCCUGUGGGCACGCCCACUGCGCUCACCCCCACUGGCGUCUCCCCCAUGGCUGUUUCCCCCGGAUUCGUUCCCCCGACCUUGUCCAAUGGGGAAGGGGGAGGCGCGGGGAGCAAGGGGGGAGACGGGGCGGAGGGCGCAGUUUCGGAUAUGUUUGAAGGGUUUCAGGUGGGUGCUGUGGUUGAGAGAGUGGCGGAGCGGUUGCAGGAGCAGGGAGAGAAGCGGAGGGAGAGAGCAGGGGGGAGGGGCGGGAAGGAGGAGGGGCGGGGGACGGUGCGAAAAGUGCGCAAGGAUGAGUGGGAGAGGAUUAAGGAGAGGGAGAGGGGCGCGGGGAAGAGCGGACGGGCGGUUGAGAAUGGGGAGAGGGCGGAGAGGGGGAAAAAGAGGGAGGAGGAUGUGAGGGCGAAGGGAGGAGAGGCGGGAGGAGAGAAGGAAGGGGAGAAGGAAAGUGAAAGGGAAAGAGAGGAGGGGAGGGAGAAGGGCGAUGACAAGCAGGAAGCAGAGGGAGUUGAGUCUGUGGGGGCCAUUGGGGGUUGUACGGAGGUAGGUAUGGAGGGAGUCGAGUCAGUGGAAGCUCAUUCAGAGGUUCAAGAGAAGCAGGGAGAUGGAAAGGCUGGUAGUGCGGUGGUAAGGGCGGGAGCAGGAGGGGAGGAGGGCAUGGGGGCAGCAGCAACGGCGGCGGAGAGCAGGGAGGAAAUGGAGGCGGGAGAGAAGGCGGUGCAGCAGCAGGAGGUGGCAGUAGCAGCCGCCCCUGCUACAGUUCUCCCUGCAGGCCCACUGCCAACGGUGCCUGUGGGGGGAGUGGGGGGAGCGGGCAUGGACGAGGAGGAGCGCAAGGUGCUGCAACUCAAGGGGCUCGCGCGCCCCUCCGCGCUUGCUGUCGCCGUCUUCUCCCCCACCUCCGCCCGCCUCAUCUCCCCCUCCGCCACCACCUCUCAAACCACCUCCCCUGGGUCCGCCCGCCUCGUCUCCCCCACUUCCGCCAGCAUCCUCUCCCCCACAGCUGCCGCCGCCUCAGGUGCCGCGUCAGGUGCCCCUUCAGGUGCUCCGUCAGGUGCUGUUUCCCCUGCCAUUGUGUCGCCUGCCAGCCAGCCGUCACCAGGGUCGGUGCGAGCAGGCCUCUUCUCAUCUGCAGCGGGUGCUGCUGCAGCAGUGGGAGGGGGCGUGCUGAGAGCGUUGACUCACAGCAAGUGGCGUGGUGGCGGUGGCGCUGCCAGUCCCGGCAGCAGCAGCAGCAGCAGCAACGCCCCCCCCGCAGCAGGAGCAGGAGCAGGAGCAGGAGCAGCAGUGGUGUCUCCUACCGGUGACCGUGACGCGGCUCUCAUGCAACAGGCGGCGGAAGCAGCUGCUGCGUUUGCUGCUGCGGGGAGCAGCGGGCAGGGGAGCGGGGGCGGAGGGGGAGGCGGAGAGGGGGGGGGCGCGGGCGCGGAAGAGAUGCAGGCGCGGACGGCAGUGGGGAAGGCGAUCGUGCAGAGCCGGCUGGCGCAGGCGCGGCGGUGUGUGACAGUGGGGGAGCUGGACGUGAGUAACAAGCUUGCUGCGCGCAAGAAGGGGCAGUGGGGGCGGACAGGGCCGGGCAGCGGCAAGGAGAGAGAGGGCGACGUGCUGAGCCCGUGGGACCGGCUGAAGGAGACACGGAAACUGAUGCCGCUGGCGAGUUUCAGGGGGCGGGGCGCGGAGGGCGAGGAGGAGGGCGGGCAUGUGGGGCUCAUGGCGAAGCUCAUGGGGCGCAGGGAGAAGGGCGCGCAUGGGGGAGGCGCGGAGGGGGAGGGCGGGGGCGAAGGCGGGGCCGAGGGCGGGGGCGAGGGAAGAAGCAUGAGGCGGAUGGGGUCUGUGGAGACAGGGACGAGGGUGCGGCUAGUGGAGCAAGGCAGGGCCGUGUCAGACGGGGCUAUGCUCGCCGCUGCUGCAGAGGCCGCCACUGCCGCCGCCACUGCUGCUGCCGCUGCUGCCGCUGCUGCUGCUACUGCUCCUCCUGUUGCUGCUGAAGCUGAAACUGAUGAUGGGAGUGGGAGCAGGGAGGGGGAUGCAGGCGCGGGUGGUGAGACUGGUAUGGGCGCAGCGAUGGAUGUUGAUGCAAGUGCUGCUUCUGCUGCGGAAGGGAAGGUCGAGAGUGGUGGUGAUAUGGUUUUAGGCGAGGGGGGACGGCUGGUUGUGGAAGAUGGGGCGGAUGGAGGGGAGGCGAGGGCUAUGGAGGGAGUGAGAGGAGGAGGCGGUGAGGUAAGUGUGGGGGAUGUGGAGAUGAGGGAGGAGGAGGAGGGAGAGGGAGGGGAGAGAAUUGGUGGGGAAGCAAUGGACGAGCAUGACAGGAUGGAAAGCGAGAGGUUGGAAGGGAGAGGGGAGGAGGAGAGAAUGGAGGAGAGGAGGGAGGAGGAGAGGAGGGAGGAGGAGAGGAGGGAGGAGGAGAGGAGGGAGGAGGAGAGAAGGGAGGAGGAGAGGAAGGAGGAGGAGAGGAGGGAGGAGGAGCGAAGGGAGGAGGAGAGAAGGGAGCUACUUCGGGUGGAGGAGGAAAGGAAGGAGGAGGAGAGUAGAAUGGCAGCAAGGCUUGAAGAGGAAAGACGCGAGAGCGAAAGGGUUGCGUUGGAGAAGGAAGAGGAGGAACGAAGGGAGCGAGAGAGGGCUGAUGAAGAGAGAAGGGUUCAGGAAGAGCAACGACUAAUGGAGGAGCGAGAGGAGGAAAGGAGAAGGGAAAAAGAGAGGGAGGAGGAGGAGAGAAGGGAAAGGGAGCGGGAGGAGGAGGAGAGAAGGGAAAAGGAGAGGGAGGAGGAGGAGAGAAGGGAAAAGGAGAGGGAGGAGGAGGAGAGACGGGAAAAGGAUAGGGAGGAGGAGGAGAGACGGGAAAAGGAGAGGGAGGAGGAGGAGAGAAGGGAGAAAGAGAGGGAGGAGGAGGAGAGAAAGGAAAGGGAGAGAGAGGAAGAAGAGAUAAGACAGAAGGAGAAAGCAGAAAAGGAGAGGAAGGAAAGGGAGAGAGAGGAGGAAGUGAGUAGGAAAACGGAAAGAGAGGAGGAGACGAUGAGAUUGGAGAGAGAGGAAGGGGAGAGAUGGGAACGAGAGCACGAGGAAGAGGAGAGGCGAGAGAUGGAGAGGCAGGAGGGCGGCAGGAGAGGCGGCGGCAAGGGGCAAGAGCAGGAGGCGAGGGGAGGGGGGUUGCGGGAGAAGGACAAGGGGGGCAAGAGCGAGCAGGAGCAGCUGCUGCUUCAGUUUCUGGAUGAAGAGUGCCGGAGAGAAGAGGGCUCAAAAUGGCAAGGUGGCAAGGGGCGCGGGAGAGGGCGACGGGGGGAUGAUGAUGCUGGGAGUGGUGGUGAGAGCGAUGGGGAGGGACGCGGAGUGGUGCAUGAGAGGGAGGAGGAUGAGGAAGGGGACCUGUAUGGUGAGUGGGAAUCAGAGAGGAGGGUGGAGGGCAGGGGAAGGAGAGGGAAGGCGGCAGAAGGGGAGGAGGAGGAUGAGGAUGAGGAGGAAAGAUAUGAUGGUGUUGCAGCAGGUGUGGUGGUGGGGGAGGGAGAGGAAGAUUUGUAUGGGGAAGUGAGCGGUCGGGAGGUAGAGGUUGAGAGUGGUGGAGGGGAGGGUGAGGUGGUGGAGGAUGGUGGAGAGGUGGUGUGGAUGGGGAGAGACAGGGGGGUGAAUGCAAGGAGGGGUGAUUGGGAAGGAGCGGAAUGGGAGGAGGAGGAGGAGGAGGAGGAGGAAGAGGAAGAGGAAGAGGGAGGAGUUGGUGGGGCUAAGGGUGGUUUUAGAGGGAGGCACGGAGAGGAGGGAGUGGAGGGGGAAUGGGAGGAGGGAGAGGGAAUGGUGGUGGAGGAGAAGGGAGGUGUGGAGGGUGGGGGAGAGAAGCGGAAGAAGGGACGGGGCAGGUUUGGGGUGAAGGGUGAGGGGGUGCACGCAGGAGAGGAUGAGGAGGACGAGGGAGGAGUGGUGGAGGUAGGGAAUGAGGAAGAGGAGGUGGAAGGCGGGGAAUGGAGAGAGGACGGGGAGAAGGGCACGCGGGAAGAAAGGCGGACGCAAGGGGAGGAGGGGGGGCAGGGGGAUGGAAAGGAGGAAGGAGUGGGGGGUGCAGGGGAGGAGGGAGGUGUGGAGGGAGCAGGGGAGGCGGCAGGGGAAGUGGCAGGGGAAGGGGCAGGGGAGACAGCAGGAGAGGCAGCAGGAGAGGCGGGAGGAGAGGCGGCAGGGAUGGAGAUGGAACCAGAGGUGCUGCUGAUGCGGCAGGAAGGCAUUCGCGGGCCUGCGAGAAAGAGCACCGGGCCGGGCGUUAGCGAUGGGGAGGUGGAUGGGUUGGAGGAGGAAGGAGAGUUUGAUGAUGAGUAUGAGGAUGAGGAGGGUGAGUAUGAGGAGGGGGACGAGGAGGUUUACAGUGACGAGGAGUAUACGGAUGAAGAAGGGGAGUAUGAGGAGGAAUAUGAGGAGGAGUAUGAGGGCGAGUAUGAUGAGGAGUAUGAGGAGGAAUAUGAUGAGGAGGGAGAGUAUGAGUAUGAUGAAGAGGGCGAGUAUGAGGAGGAGGGGGAAUACGAGGAGGGGGAGUCUGACGAUGAGGAGUAUGAUGAGGAGGAGGUGGGGGAGGGGGAGGAGCUAGAAGGGGGUGUGGGUGCAGGCGCGGGGAGGGGCACAGCAGCAGCGGGAGCAGCAGCGGCAGGUGGGGUGGUGGGUAGAAGGCGGGUGGGUGGGGCCGUGGGAGGAGCGGGCGGGAGAGGCAGGGGAGUGGGCAGGGGCAGGCCGCCUAGACCCCCGGGAGGGGUGCGGAGACCUGUGGGGGCGCGAGGAGGGGAGGUGGGGGAGCAUGGGGAUGAGGAGGAAGGGGAGUUUGAGGAGGAGUAUGAGGAUGGGGAGGGGUUGCACGAGAUGGAGGAGGAGGAGGGCGACUGGACAGAGGACGAAGCUGAUUUUGAUGAUGAGGAGUUGGGUGAGGAGGAGGAAGAGGAGGACUUUUUGGAGAAGGAGGGGGACGAGGUGGGACCGAUGGUGCCGCGGAGGAGGAUCACGGGGCGCAGAGGGAGGUACAGGGAUCAUGGGGAUGAUGAGGACGAGUAUGAGGAUGAGGAGUAUGAUGAUAUGGAUUUUAUUGAUGAGUAUGAUGAGGAGGACGAUGGGUUGGGUGAGAGAGGCGGGGAGGAGGAAGAGGAGGAGCGGCCACCGGAGUUGAUGUAUGUCCGCUCGCUGUCCACCCUUCGCCGCCCGGAAAUCGCGCAGAUGCAGGGCGGCGGCGUGACGCCCGCCGCCCGGCAGGUGUACUACGAGUUUGGGCCGAUCGGGGCGGCGAGGGUGCGCGCGCAGCAGUGCCGCGACCACUGGUCGUGGCUGUUCAUGCAGUAUCUCGAAACCAUGCUGCCACGCCUGGCAGUGCAAGAUGACGAUGAUAUCAUGAGUCUCACCAGCACGGGGGAUCAUUUAGACGAUGACGAUAAUCUCGCCUUCCCCAGCGCUGCCAGCAGCACUGCGUUUGGGAGCAGCAGAGGUGCGACGACGGCAGUGGCCGGUGGAGGAGGGGGGGGUGCGUGGCCGGAGGGGGGGCCGGGAGUGAGGGUGCUGCGGCCGGUGGGGCGGACUAACCGGAACUGGUCGGUGGCGGGGGCGUUGAGGGAGUUUGAAUGGGUGAAGCGGAAGUUCCGAGGGGUGGCGGAGAGUAGCGAGCGGUUGAACGAGGUGCAUGUGGGUGAGGCGUUUGUGGCGGGGCUAUCCGUAUGGCUCAAGUACUGGGAGCAGUGGGGGGAGAACCGACCCAAGUGGCAGGGCGAGGAGGAGGACGACAAUGAAGACGACCCAGCAGCACCAGGUGGGGGCAGUGGUGGUGGUGGUGGUGGCGCCGGUGGUGGUGCUGGUGGUGGGAGUCUCGGGGGCACGUCUCCUGUGCGAUUCAAUGACUCUGCGACUAGCUCCCCCUGGAGGGACCUUCCCAACAGCUCCAAUAGCUCGCCCUGGCGUGGGGAUAGAGAUGAGGGGGGGGACGGCAGGGGGAGGUACGCGCACAGUGAUUUGGGGGGCGGAGGGGGAGGGUAUGCGGGGAGCACAGGAGGAGGGGCGUAUGGCAGUGGGAGGAGGCCUAGUAACGUGGCUGCGGGGCUGUCCGGCGCAGGAGGGGACGUGCAUACGUACGGGCCAAAGCGCUGGGGCCCGGAAGGUAGCCUGCAGUCUCGCCUCGUUGCCGAGGCGCUGGGAACAGGACAAGCGCUGCCGACCACGUGCCAGCACGACGAUAUUCUCCGGGUGGCGGGGCUGGCGGCAGCGAUCAGCAGCUGGCAGCCGUCCACUGCGUGCAUGUGCCUGCUGCGCCUACUCGACCGCAUGGCCCAGUUCGAACUCCUCUCCCUCGGGAUCACCAUCUCGCCGCACCGCGACGCUGCUGCUGUCGCAGCCGCCACUGCUGCGGCUUCAGGGGUUCACGGGUCGGUGCGAGGAGGAGGGGCGCUGGGGCCGUCGGCGCGGCAUCACCUGGCAGGGAUUGGCAAUGAGGGGAGUAUGCCGUCGUCGCCUGCUGGGUCGCGGCGGCGCUCGGAGAGUUUCACGAUGGGCGGUGGGGGAUUGGCGGAGCAGACAGGGCCUAUUCCCACGUCCUUUAGCGGCGGGUUGCUUGCUUUCACUGCGAAUUUCACCCGCCCGACCACUCCGUUCUUUGGCAUCGGGUCCUCCUCUGCUGCCUCCCACCCCGCCCCCCCGCCUCCUGAACCCACUCCGCCGCCCGCCCCGCCGUCCAAUGUGAGCUCGCCACCUGUCUCGGACCUGUCAGGAGGGCCGCAGAUCGCUGUGGGGCCCAUGGGGAUGGCAGGGAUGGGGGGCAUGGGGGCAUUGGUGCGUGCACCGGCCAACCUCCCUGCGUGCCGAGCGUUCGUAAUGGCAUGCCUGAAGGCCAUUCUCUCGUCCCAGUACGAGAAAUCCGGAGGCGCAGCGGCGGCCAGCCGGAGAGCCAUGUCCGCAGCAGCAGCGGCAGCAGCAGCCGGGGGAGGAGGAGCGGGAGGCGGAGCGCUGUCAGGCGCAGACGGAGCGCUGCUAUCAGUACGGUCAGCAGGGCGGAAACCCUGGUGCCCCAUCCGGCUGUCCAGCCUGGCGGAGGUGGCGUUAGCAGAGGGAAUAGCCCGCGCGAAGCACAGCGAUUUAGUGGAGCGGUGCGAGGAGAUCGACCGGCUGUAUGACUCCCUGGGGCUGGAUCCUGGCCUGCUGGCCAUGAACCUAGCGGCUGAGAUGCGAGAGCUGCAUUUCCUGCAGCCGGGGGAUUUGAUCUCCCUUGCUCUGCACUACGAGCAUAUUGGGCUAGAGGAGGCGGCUUUCCACGUGUGCCUGCGGGCUGUGGCGUCCGGGAGACUCACCACGGAUGGGUUUGACCAUGUGAUCCGCAUGGUGUUCCUGGGCAGCGGGGCGGAGUCCAUCAACGCGCGCUUCGCACGGCUGGCAACGGCGGUCAAGAACGCGCACAUCGCGAAUGUGGAGGCCACGGGCGCGGCGGCGGGCGCGCGCGCAUCGUCAUACAUCGCGGAAUUCGCAGAUGCGAUGCUGAGGAACGGAGAGCUGAAGCAGCACCACCCGUGGGCGUACGAGGUGACGCUCAACUUCCUCCGAAUGAACACGCGCGGCGGGGGCCUGGGCGGGGGCGCGGGCAUCGGAGGCAUGGCAGCAGCAGGCGCCGGGGACUGGCGCGAGAGAGAGCUCUGUGCCCUAGUGACUCUGAACCGCUGGCUGGGGCUGACAGCCGCAGGGGGGGUAGCAGGAGGGCUGGCGGGAGGGGAGAAGUCGCUGGAAGCGGCGCAGGACAGGGCGGUGGAGAUAGUGGAGCAGAUGGCGCAGCCUGAGGUGACGGUGGGGUGGGCGGUGUGGCUGCGGAUGGGCAAGACGGUGGAAUCGGAGCAUUACCUGCCUGUUCUGCUCGAGUCCAUGCAAGUCAAAUCCAUCAUGCAUGUUUAUGAGGUGCGGCGCCUUGGAUGGGUGGGGUGCGGUGGGGUUGGGUGGGGUGGGUUGGGGUUGGGUGGGAUGGACCGUGCAAGCAUGCAGCCUGAAUAUCAUUCCGCAGCACGCCUCUCACAAGCACCAUCCCCCUUUGUGUCUCCGUCUCCCUCCCUCCACCCCCCCUUCUCCCUUCCUCCCCUCCUCCCCUCGUCCCGUCCUCCCGUCCUGCCAUCCUCCCAUCCUCCCAUCCUCCCUUCCCCACUCUCCCCCUGUCCGUCCGUCCCCUUGCAGAGCAUAGAGGAGGACGGCACGUGCCAGGACGCGCAGCAGCUGGAGCUAUUCGACUGGGGGCUGCAAGGCAUCCUAAGCAUAGAGGAGGACGGCACGUGCCAGGACGCGCAGCAGCUGGAAGUAUUCGACUGGGGGCUGCGGGGCAUCCUGGUGGGCCUACCAGACAAGGACCCGGCAGCGGCGCUGCUAGAAGUGAUCUACCCCCUGGAGGAGGAGAAGGCGGAUCUCACGCUCGCCAUGGCUGCGCGAUUGGCGGCGACGUCCUCCCCUGUGGAUAGCAGGAUGUGGCCGCUUGCCAACACCACGUCGUUUGUCGCCCACCUGCUCGUGCUCACCGAUGGAUGUGCGUGGGGCGGAGGGAGGGAGGAGGGCGGGAGGGGCGGGGGGGGUUGGGAUCGAGGGAGGGAGCAAGGUUGGAGGUGUUGUGCUGCGCCUGUCGGCUUUGUUGUAGAGAGCAGUGAGGCUGAGCUCAGUGUGCGUGAUGUGGCGACUGUUCUCGUGCUUCCCGAGGCCCCGAGAAGCUUGAAUGACUGUGCGUGGUGUUGCAUGGAGGGGAGUGAGGAGUCUCAAAUCUCAAGCACUCAGCGUGAAUGCCCUUGUUGGUGCUUUCCACAUACUAACCGCAUCUUCCGGCUCUCCUCCUCUCUCACCCCCAUCCCUCCCCGCACACCCCACCAUUCACGCCGUGCACGUGUUGCUGCUGUGCGAGCAGGGGUGUUGGACGCACGGCAGAUGUCCCGGGCAGUGAACGUGGCGACGAGGCUGUGGGGGUGGGCCAUGCCCAAGCGCUCCCAGCUCAUGGAGCAGUGCGAGGUGCGUGCGCUGGGGAUGAGGGGGCAUGGGGAUGAGGGCCGUUGA